CAAAAAAGAUCGCGAAGGGUCUUUGUGAUCGUAUUCCUAACAGUAAACCAACUUUAGUCUAUUACACAGCCUAUCUCAAACUAUGCAGAUUUUUGUCAAAACUUUGACUGGUAAGACUAUCACACUAGAUGUUGAACCUUCGGAUACUAUUGACAAUGUCAAGACUAAGAUCCAGGACAAGGAAGGCAUUCCUCCGGAUCAGCAGCGUUUAAUUUUCGCCGGAAAACAACUCGAAGACGGUCGCACCCUUUCUGAUUACAACAUCCAGAAGGAAUCUACUUUGCACCUGGUUUUGCGUCUACGCGGAGGACACUGUCAAGUUCCCUGCGGUAUUUUCGACGAUCCGGCGAUCGUCGCUCAUCUUCGGCAAGAUGCCUCCACGAUUCGGAAGGCUAUGGUGCAAGGGAACGAACUGCACGCGACAGUUGGUGACAACAUUCUGGCCAUGAACCAAUUGAUUCGUUGGAUUAACACCAAAGAAGAACAUUGCAAGCAUAUCAUUACGACCGUGUCCGAGUAUUGCCUCUGCCAGCGAGUCAAAAAAGAAGUUUUCAAGUCGGACGAGGAUUACGUUGAGGCCCUUAAGGCCCAUCAUGCAGUCAUGCAAUGUGCCAUGAAAGCCAAACAAGGUAUGGACGUAGCUGCCUGCGAUGCAUUGGAUUCUGCCAUCGACACCUUUGCCAAAAUGUAUACUCCUUGAAGUUGCCUUUGUGGUGAUAGACGACUUACAUUUAGAAGAGCAAAUAAUGAGUAAGCAGCUUUCUCAAUUUUCAAAUGUACGAUGGCUAGGUUAUGAUUCAACGUACAUAAUUUACCCCUUGCCGG